AUGACAGCAGCCAGGAACGGCGCCGGAAGAGACUGGCGAGAGAGCGGGCGAAAAGGAGACAGGAGAAAGGAAGAGACUCCCACGACAGAGGCUCCUAUAGACAACACAGCAGAGAGCACAGUGGAGGAAGUGACAGGAACAGAGGUAGAGAGAGAGAAAAGAUUCCGUAUGAACCAGCCAGACAGACAGCAUUCCCGACAUUCCCCACGCUCCGACAAGCCGGGAGGAAAGAGGAAAUAUAAGACACGGCAUCUGGAAGACCCUUCCUGGGAGCCAUCCAGCUCUGCACGGAGAGAGAGGGGGCGAGGCGGGGAGCGAGAGAAGGGGCGAGGCGGGGAGCGAGAGAAGGGGCGAGGCGGGGAGCGAGAGAAGGGGCGAGGCGGGGAGCGAGAGAAGGGGCGAGGCGGGGAGCGAGAGAAGGGGCGAGGCGGGGAGCGAGAGAAGGGGAGAGGCGGUGAGCGAGAGAGGGGGAGAGGCGGGACAGAGGCCACCGCUAGCCCCCGGAAGAGCAGAGGCAGUCUGAAAGAGAGUGUGAAGAAGAGGAGACGUCAGUCCCGCAGCCCCAGUGUUGAAAUCAUCUAUGAAGGGAUGACUGUGACCGCUGCUAGCCCCUUACGACCCAAACACAACCACAAACGCCGUGGCAACCACCGGAGAAAGCAGCGUCACGACCACGCCCUCCAACACUCUCCCGUGGUCAUCACCAUAGACAGCGACAGCGACAACAAACACACGGUCCAAACGACCACGCUGGAAGAUGACCGCGCUCUGGAUUUAUCCGACCGUGCCACGGUCGAUUUCUCCGACCGUUCUCUGACCGCGCCUGGUCUUCCACUAGGCGACCACAACAACCUGGACAUGGGGGUUGAUAUCAGCGAUUUAGCGGUCGAUAUUCUCGACCGUUUUCUGAGCGUUUCGGACCGUAACUCGGACAUUGACCACGAUGACGUCAUCGACCAUAAAACUAAUGUCGACGACGACUGUGUGGUUGACGUUUCUGUCAACGUCAAGGACCGCGUUCUGAACACAAACACUAAUGCAAAUGCGGUCGACCGUCCCCAGAACGCGGGCGGCCAUGUUCUCCCCCAGGUCAAUCUUAGCUGUGACCCUGGGGUCGCGACCUCUGACUCUCGUCUCCUAGCGACAAUCCUACAGGACCUGGAACACAUCGCGCUCCCUAACCUGUCCUUUUUCCCCAACCUGAACCAAAACCCUAACCACAGCCGUAAUUCAACCACACCGGACCACAGUGAAAACGCCAGGCCGGCCAGAGAGACCACGCCGACUCCUUGGUCCUCUGGGAGAGAGAACGCCAGGCCGGCCAGAGAGACCACACCGACUCCUUGGUCCUCUGGGAGAGAGAACGCCAGGCCGGCCAGAGAGACCACACCGACUCCUUGGUCCUCUGAGAGAGAGAACGCCAGGCCGGCCAGAGAGACCACACCGACUCCUUGGUCCUCUGAGAGAGAGAACGCCAGGCCGGCCAGAGAGACCACACCGACUCCUUGGUCCUCUGAGGGAGAGAACGCCAGGCCGGCCAGAGAGACCACACCGACUCCUUGGUCCUCUGAGAGAGAGAACGCCAGGCCGGCCAGAGAGACCACACCGACUCCUUGGUCCUCUGAGGGAGAGACUAACUUCAACAGCCCUGUUUCACCUACAGCCAAUCACUCUCUGAGUUCUGAAUCAUUCACAGACUACCACUCUGCCAGUCCUAUAUCUCCUGUAGGUCACCCUGCUAGUCCUAUAUCUCCUGUAGGUCACCCUGCUAGUCCUAUAUCUCCUGUAAGUCACUCUGCUAGUCCUAUAUCUCCUGUAGGUCACUCUGCUAGUCCUAUAUCUCCUGUAGGUCACUCUGCUGGUCCUAUAUCUCCUGUAGGUCACUCUGCUGGUCCUAUAUCUCCUGUAGGUCACCCUGCUAGUCCUAUAUCUCCUGUAGGUCACUCUGCUAGUCCUAUAUCUCCUGUAAGUCACUCUGCUAGUCCUAUAUCUCCUGUUGGUCACUCUGCUAGUCCUAUAUCUCCUGUUGGUCACUCUGCUAGUCCUAUAUCUCCUGUAGGUCACUAUGCUAGUCCUAUAGGUCACUCUGCCGGUCCUAUAUCUCCUCUCGGUCACUCUGCCGGUCCUAUAUCUCCUGUAGGUCACUAUGCUAGUCCUGUACAUCAGAACUCUAAUGCAGUAUCACCCGUUGUCCACCCUUCUAACAGUCCUUUAUCAUCACCCAUAGCUGGCUCUAUAUCGGUAGAAAACCCCCGCUUACCUUCUAGCACUGGAUCGUCUGUAUCGGCCAGUCCUGUAUCGGCCAGACAUGAUCAGGAGGGGCCAAUACACUAACACAGUAUACAGCACUGACUGAUCACCUGGACACACACACACACACACACACACACAUUCUGGCACAGUCACGCACACUUGAACUGCCACACACACCAUUUGAAUAUGCUGAGGUUGUUUAACCGUUAUUUGACAGUCUUUAAACGUUAUUUGACGGUCUUUAACCGUUAUUUGACGGUCUUCUGCCAGAUGGACUCUUGAAUGAAACUAUCUUUCUGCAGAAAAAAAAAACAAAUAAAAUCACAUUUGACGAUAAUUUAAUUUAAUUUUGUUACGUUUGAUCAUUUUGAGGUGCAGCGUACUGUAUUUUCAGUACUGUAUUUUCAGUACUGUAUUUUGACACUUGCUACAUGUGGGCCCUGGUAAGGUAGUGGACUAUAUAGGACCCUGGUAAGGUAGUGGACUAUAUAGGACCCUGGUAAGGUAGUGGACUAUAUAGGACCC